UGGUUUCAGUUUGGUGAUGGAAGCAUUGUUUGAGGUUUUCUCUGCCCCUUCUUCUCCCUCCUCUCCUCUUCCUCCGCCUUCUUCUAAACCUUCACCUGUUCCUCAAUCCUCUCGCUCUAGUGAAGAAGAUUUUCCCGUGCUCUUUUGUUCUUCAUUCGCUGGGAGGACUAUCAAGCUAUUGCACAAUGGAUUUGUGAAGCAGGGUCUGUUACAAUGUAUUUUAGAUUGCACUGAUUGUUUUCCCCAUUGCUUCACUGGUGGAUCCAUUCCUUUGUUUGGUCACAUGACAGUCACAUGCUCUUCCUUACAUAACAACAAUAACAACAGUUUAUUCUUAAUAUUCAGACAUCAUUUAUACAAUAUAAUUAGCUCUACCGGCAACAGUGUAUCUUUAAAGUAUUGUUGUGAGUUUCUUCAUUUCAUUGUUACCUAUGUCUCUCGCUUGUCUUUAAUGACACACACUGCAACACUUGACGGCAUCAUCACUAAUCUGACCAAUACAAUCCAGUCGUUAGAGUCAUGUGACCAAUUGAACGAAGACGGGAUGCAUGUAUUAUUACAUGUUUAUUGGACGAUGGUAUCACUACUAUACACAGCAGUUACUGUCCUUGGUGAUAAAUAUGUCUCCAUGUUUAAUGAAGAAUGUAACAGAAUUAUCAAGUACUUACAUGUACUAAAGCAAAGAGAAGAUACUUUUGAUACUGUUAGUCCUUUAUCAAAUGAUUAA